AUGUCUGACCAGAAUUACUACUGGACCGUGCUGCCCAGCUACAAAACGAGCUUCGUGACUGGAGCGAUGAUGAAACGCUCAAAAAGUUCCAGAAACAACAAGAGGAGGAGUCUGGCGGCUGCGACUCCCUCUCCCACUCUCUCCAGACCUCUGUCACCUCUGCCUCUCUCCACAGCUGGAAGCAGUCCCUCAGAAAGUCCCAGGAAUGUCUCUGCCAGCUCCUCCGCCAACUUCCAGUUCGCCCGCAGCCAGCUCGCCCGCAACGAGAGGCCCGAUGGCAGGAGGUGGUCUGUGGCCUCGGUCCCCUCGUCCGGAUACUGCACCAACGCCCCCAGCUCCUCAGUCUCGUCGUCUUCGUCGCAGGAGCUGCUGCACCAGCUGCCCUUCCAGCCCACACAGGACGACCUGCACUUCCUGUUCAAACACUUCCGCAGCAGUGAGAGUGUGGCGGACGACGACCCCUCCCAGUCCUGCGUCCCCGCUCACAGGGUCCGCUCCCGGAGCCUCAGUCCUGGUCGCACGUGUGGCUCCUUUGACAACGAGAUUGUGAUGAUGAACCACGUCUACAGAGAGCGCUUUCCCAAGGCCACGGCUCAGAUGGAGGGCCGUCUCUUGGGCAUCAUGGAGGAGUGCUCCCCGGGCUCCGCUCUGCCUCUGGCUGACGGGGUCCUGGGCUUCAUCCAACACCAGCUGCUGGAGCUGGCCCGAGACUGCCUGGACAAGUCCCAGAGCGGCCUGGUCACCUCCCGCUACUUCCAGGAGCUGCAGGAGAAGCUGGACAAGCUGCUGCACGAGGCGUACGAGCGUUCAGAGAGUGAGGAGGUGUCCGUCAUCAUCAAACUGGUGAAGAAGAUCCUGAUGGUGAUCUCUAGACCCGCCCGCCUCCUGGAGUGUCUGGAGUUUGACCCGGAGGAGUUCUACCAGCGUCUGGAGGUGGCGGAGGGCCAGGCCAAAGUGGGUCACGUCAAGACGGACAUCCCCAAAUACAUCAUCAGUCAGCUGGGGCUCACCCGGGACCCCCUGGAAGACAUGGUGCAGCUGGAGCAGACCAGUCCCGGACACAGAGCCUCGAGCCGAGACUCGGACGACGUCGCGGACACUUCACCGCUUCAGAGCCGGGCCGCCUGCACCCCCCCUCGCAGGAAACCCCUGGAGAGCGACUUCGAGAACAUCAAGCUCAUCAGCAACGGAGCUUAUGGGGCUGUGUACAUGGUGCGACACAAAGAAACCCGUCAGAGAUUCGCCAUGAAGAAGAUCAACCGCCAGAACCUGAUGCUGAGGAACCAGAUCCAGCAGGUGUUUGUGGAGCGCGACAUCCUCACCUUCGCCGAGAACCCCUUCGUGGUCUCCAUGUUCUGCUCCUUCGAGACGCGCCGCCACCUCUGCAUGGUCAUGGAGUACGUGGAAGGCGGCGACUGUGCCAACCUGCUGAAGAACAUCGGGCCUCUCCCCGUGGACAUGGCUCGGAUGUACUUCGCUGAGACUGUUCUGGCUUUAGAGUAUCUGCACAACUACGGCAUCGUCCACCGAGACCUCAAACCCGACAAUCUGCUGAUCACCUCCAUGGGACACAUAAAGCUGACGGACUUCGGUUUGUCCAAGAUCGGCCUCAUGAACAUGACCACGAACCUGUACGAGGGACACAUCGAGAAAGACACCAGAGAGUUCAUCGACAAACAGGUGUGUGGGACUCCAGAGUACAUUGCCCCGGAGGUGAUCCUGCGGCAGGGCUAUGGCAAACCCGUGGACUGGUGGGCCAUGGGCGUCAUCCUCUAUGAGUUCCUGGUCGGCUGCGUGCCUUUCUUUGGGGACACUCCAGAAGAGCUCUUUGGACAAGUCGUCAACGAUGAGAUCAUUUGGCCUGAUGGGGAGGACGCGCUGCCUGCUGACACCCAGGACCUGAUCACCAGACUGCUGCGACAGAACCCCAUGGAUCGCCUCGGCACAGGGGGCACAGCGGAGGUGAAGAUGCACUCCUUCUUCCUGGGUCUGGACUGGAACGGUCUCCUCCGACAGAAGGCAGAGUUCAUCCCACAACUGGAGACGGACGAGGACACCAGCUACUUCGACACUCGCUCGGAUCGCUACUGUCACAUUGGCUCCGACGAAGACGACGAGACCAACGACGAAGAGUCUGCUCUGGAGCUGAGGCAGUUCUCCUCCGUGGCUCAUCGCUUCAGCAAGGUGUACAGCAGCUCGGAGCACCUGUCCGCCUCCACGCCGUCCAAUCAGAGCCUGUCGUCGUCGGACCGCAGCCACAGCGAGGAGAAGGAGGACCGCUGGGAUGGGCGGAGUCACAGCGAGGAGAAGGAGGAGCGAUGGGAGGGACGGGCCAUGCUCUCCCCCGACUGUCACAAGCAUUUGGCUGUGGAGAGGAGGGGGGAGGGACCCCGAGGGAGCCUGCGAGCUCGGGCCUCCUCCAGCUCGUCCCAGUCCGAGCGCAGCGCCAGUCCUUUGGUCAUGAACAGCACCCAGAGCCUGGACAUCAUGCCACGCUUCGCCAUCCCUGCAGAGGAAGAGGACGGCGUGGUGUCGAACUUGCGUCGCAUUCGUCUAAGGAGCAACAGCACAGGAACCCGCCCGUCCUUCAGGAGAGGAGCAUCCCGUCGUAUCAACCAUCAGCUCGAGACCCCAGACAAGCAGAAGCCCGCGGGGGGAAAGGUGCCCAAGUCUGCCUCUGUGUCUGGGCUCUCCCUCAUCAUCACUCCAGAUGAGUCGGGCGCUCCCCCCAGCAGCCCCAAGUCCUCCCUGUCCUUGUCGUCCAACCCCUCGUCCAGAGACUCGUCCCCGAGCAGAGACCUGUCUGUGAGCGUGAGCUGCCUGCGCCCCCCGGUGGUCAUCCACAGCUCCGGCAAGCGCUUCGGCUUCGCGCUCAGGGCCAUCAGGGUCUACAUGGGCGACAGCGACGUCUACACCGUGCACCACAUGGUCUGGUGUGUGGAGGAGAACAGUCCGGCGCACGAGGCCGGGCUGCGAGCCGGAGACCUCAUCACUCACGUGAACGGGGAGUCAGUGCAGGGCCUGGUGCACACGGAGGUGGUGGAACUGCUGCUCAAGAGUGGGAACAGAGUCACACUGCAGACCACGGCUCUGGAAAACACCUCCAUCAAAGUGGGUCCGGCUCGGAAGGCCAGCUGCAGAGCCAAGAUGGCGAGACGCAGCAAGAAGAGCAAGAAGAAGGACGGCCAGGACAGCAGACGGAGGAGCAUCCUGAAGAAGCUGUCCAAGCACCCUCCCCCCGCCCCCCUGCACAGCAGCCGCAGCUUCUCCUCAGGGUUCCACCAGUCCUCCAGCGACAGCCUGUCCGGGUCCCCCACUACGAGCCUCUCUCCUGGGCCCUCCACCCCCUGCCGCUCCCCUGCCCCGGACCACUCUGGAGACUCCAGCUCCUCCCCCUGCUCCAGCUCCCCUAACUCCCCCGUCCCGCAGGCGAGGCCCAGCUCACUCCACGUCCUGGGCCGCUACACCAAAGCGGGCCGCUGCAAGUCCACCAGCAGCAUCCCCCCCUCCCCCCUGGCCUGCAUCCCGCCUCCCAACCAACCCGUCUCCCCCCAGUGCUCCCCCUCCUGCCUGCCCACGCACCCCAAGUCCCUGCAGACCUUCCACGGCAAGACCCUGUCCCCUCCCACCAUCGCCCGCCACUCUGUCCGUCCCCGGAGCGCAGAACCGCCGCGCUCUCCGCUCCUCAAGAGGGUCCAGUCCGCGGAGAAGCUAACCGGAGACAAGAGCCACGAGAGGAAGGCGUACAGCACCCGACGCCACACCAUGGAGAUCCCGCUGUCCGAGAGCGAGGGGCAGGAGGACGGAGACUGCGACGCUGCCUCCGGCUUCGUCUGCGUCGGCGAGCACGGACGCCAGGGCCUCAGCUUCGGGUCGCCGCGGCUGGGAACGCACCAGGAGUCGUCCAGGAACUCCAAGGAAGUGGUGGUGAUGCGCAAGCUAGCUCUGUCCGAGAGAAGGGACUCGUUCAAGAAGCAGGAGGCGGUGCAGGAGGUGAGUUUUGACGACCUGGAGGAGCAGUCGCCCAGCCCCACCUCCUCGCUGCCCGGGACCCCGCCCAAGGGAUUCAAGGCGUCGUGGUUAAACGUACAAGCCGCCGCGACCACCACGCCGCCGGAGGUGAAGCCACGAACGAGGGCGAAAGAGAAGGAGCCUCAACAGUGA